CGCAGCGCGCCUUCUCCACCGCGAAGUCAUCGUUCCGCGCUGCCGCCGCCGCCCUAGCAAGGUUCGUUCCGUCGUCUGCUCUUCAGUAGUGGUGCCCAGGACUGUGAUCUGUCUCGAAUCUCGGUUGAAAUGAAUCUGCGGGUGUGGUGGUAUCGUUGAUUCAGCGCGCGGGGGAAUUAUUUGGGUUUGAGCCGCCAUCUAGGGCUGGAUCUCUGGCGCGGAGCUUCUAGUUCUAGAUCCCGCCUACUCGAUUCGAUGUAGGUGGUGUUUCAUUAGGGAGUAGGGACUAGGGACUAGGUUUUCAGAUGCAAUUCUGCGCGGCCUCUAGGUUUAAAGGCACGGUGCUGUGGAAGUGGUAUUUAGUGACAUUCUCUUGUCUGAGUUGUCUCCAGUGAUCUCGUUUGCCUGUUUCCUUCGGGUUCAGUACCCUUGUGGAACUCAUACUCUUUGUUGUCUUCUGAGUCUGUAGUUUUGGUGCCUAAUUUUACACUUACUGCAGGUGUUGGAUUCUGUGUUGCGGCUUCGGAGUGUCAUUGCUACCCUUCUCCUGACAACAUGGUUUCUUUCGAGAUGAAUGACCUCAAGAAGAUUGGGCUAGGCCUAACAGGCUUUGGAAUAUUCUUCUCCUUCCUGGGAAUCAUUUUCUUCUUUGACAAGGGUCUUAUUGCAAUGGGCAAUAUCCUCUUUCUAUCUGGUUUGGGUUUGACAAUUGGUUUGAAAUCCACUAUGCAGUUCUUCACCAAGCCUAAGAACUACAAGGGUACUAUCUCAUUUGGUGCUGGCUUUUUUCUGGUUCUUAUUGGGUGGCCCUUUCUUGGCAUGCUCUUAGAAGCAUAUGGCUUUGUUGUACUCUUCAGUGGAUUUUGGCCAACCCUUGCUGUUUUCCUCCAAAGGAUUCCUAUUAUUGGAUGGAUUUUUCAACAACCGUUUGUCACAUCGUUCCUUGACCGCUACAGAGGAAAACGAGUUCCGGUUUAGCUUACUCCUGCUAUAUUUCAACAUACUUCCCUCACAAAUAUCAUGCGGUUAUGGAUAUGUUCCGUCCUUGCCUUUUUCUUUAACUUGUUUAGUUGGUGGUAGGAUUUUUUGUUGUUGUGUAAAUUACCCCUCAUCCGUGGUUUUCCACAGACCAGAAUGCAUUUUCCCCGUUAAUACAUUGAAGAAAGUUCUCAUGCAAGCCUCUUUGUGGGGGGAAAUGAAGUCUUAGGGAUGUUCUGAAAGUAGUGACUACCCAUCAUGUCUUUUUGUAACAUUACUUAAUGUAAGCAUAUCUGAUAUAGGUAUGCAAAGGCUACAAUAGCUUCCGUUUGCUGUAUGGGAAAGAAAGGAGACUUGGCAGAAUCGAAGUUACUUGUGAUUC